AUGGAUUUUCAGAAUAUGCAGAACCUAAACUGUUCCCCUUGUGGCGAGACAUUUGAAAAAUUGUCCUUCACAUCACUGGAAAUAGAUGCACUUAAUUGCUUGGAAGAGACCAUAAAAUCUCAUGAAAUGAACUCGGAUGAUGGUGAUCAAUUUCCUGCAGAUGAUUUGGAGCCAAAAGCUGAGUCAAUUUCGGAGCAGAAUAGUAUGUUCAAUAACUUGUCUCAGCCAUGUGCCAAUUCUACAAGAGCCUGUGCGAGCCGAAAAUUAAACGCGGGUUAUAUUAUUUUUGACGGAUCUGAAAUAAAAUACAUAUCUACCGAUAAAACAGAAACAACGACGAUAUCGAAACCCUCAGAGGAACUUCGCAACGAUUGUAGUUUUCGAAGCAGAACCUCAGAACAUUCAACUCAUAUUUCCGAACUUGCUUCUCAUUUGAAUUUAAGUUCUGAUGAUUUAAUAAGAGACUCCUUUAAGGACACAAUUUCACGCCUUUCUCUCACACCGUACAAGAGACUACCGACCUACGUGCAUUUUUCCACUACAGAAAAGUUUUAUUUGCUGGCGAUUGGAGCAGUACCCUCGCUACUGCUCAAUACUUUCUACAUCAGUGUGGAGUUUUUCCGACCGUUUCUUGGAAAGCAAGUCUUAUCCGAAAUAGGUAAGUUGCCUUUUUGCAUUAUAAGUUCACGUUGGUACUUUUAUUGCUGGUUUCUUCCGUGCUCAGUGCGCAUCAUUGUUUUAAAUUUAAUCCAGCUUAGAGCCCUUGGGAGGUUAAAACAAACGCCAAGAAAAUAUUGUUUUGGGAAUUUUUUUUACUCGAUCACCAUGCGGACAGUUUUGUAUGAUUUAACCAAAGGAAAAGCUAAGAGAAAACAUAAUUAUGUUAAUUCCAAUGCAUCAAGAUGAGAGCAUAAAAUGGAGCACGUUUUAAGUUCAAUUUUGACAUCUUUAUUUUAUAUAUACGAAGCAAAUUAAAAAAGACUUACGGCAAGCUGGUCCUUCGACACCUGCCCAGCUCAUAAACCACCAACCACUAUCCUUUAUUUGUAAUAACAGUGAAAAACUAUCUUAUUUCAUUUCUACAUAUCAUUAACUGCGGUAUUUAAAGCAAAAUUUAAUUUACCGAUCAUUUGACAUUAUAUCUAUGUCAAACUGCUGUGAAAAGUGAAAAUGCGAAAAAAGAUCAAAAGCCGUACCAUCAAAUUAUAUCAAAUAUCUCAACUACGCUGAAAAACGUAGUCUAGUUGGCUAAAUUUUUAAUUUACUUUUUUCUGCCGUAAGUUAUUAAAAGGUAUCGGUUACGCGUCCUAUUUCACGGCAUCUGGUUGAUAAAACGAAGAGAUAAGAUCCUGCACUCGCACACUAGUUUCGACUGAUAUUUUUCAGGUCCUUUCGUUUACGAAAGAGAAAAUAAUUAGAUAUUCACAAACUAAAUCAAACUAAUUUUCAUCAAUGUUAGCAGAAUGGUGGCCUUUUUACGUUUUAACUUCAAAGCUAGGAUCAUUAUUGAGAAAGUUUAUUUUUCAAUAUCCUAGUUCGAAUGUUAUAAAUUGAAAGCAGGAAAUAUCUUAGUCGCAGGCGAGUUUUAAACCCAAUUUCCUGUUUCUUUAAGCGCCCCUCGACCCCGGAGGGCGGAGGGGGGUACUCAACAAGGUUUUACACAGGGAGGCUCCGCCUCGAGGUCCGACCCCCUACCCCUCUGUAUACCAUUUGGAACAAUUUAGGUUUCUGGGAAAUUACCCACCUACCCCUCCCCUAAUCCAACAUUUUGCCUUAAGUGAGAAUGAAGUGUUAAUGUUGAUUUAGGGGAGGGGUAGGUGAGCACUUUUCCAGAGACCUAAAUUUUGCCAAAAAAGUUACCCCUUUCAUAUAGUUUCUAUUUUACAAUUAGUCGCCAAUUAGGCGACGUGAACAUCGGCGAAUAGUCACCGAGACAAAGUCGAGGUGACUAUUCGCCGAUAUUCACGUCGCCUGAAGCGACUAAUUGUUUUAGUACAUUUACAUUGAUGAUUAUUCGCGAAAAUAAAAUUAUUGAUCAAUUUCCGACUCCGAAACACCAACAAAUCUGGCUGCCAUUUUGAAAACAGCUGGCCUUCAAUGUUAUAAUCACCGCGCGGUGAUUAUAGCGGGAUGAAGUGAAGCUCCUAGCCAAUCAUAGCGCUCUAUUUUUGAUAAUCAUCAAUGUAAUUAUACCAAUAACAAAUGGUUCCCCUUUCAAACACCUAAUUUAAAACCCCGAGUCCCUUUUAACCUCACUGUCUUUAAAAUUUUAAUAGAUUAAAAACACGAACAUUUCCUCGACUUUUUCACAGGCAUAAAAUGCAUCUAUAAGCCCUUUUGGGACUUUUUACACACCGAAAUAAGAAAUUCCUAUUCCCUUUCAUAUACUUUAACUAAUAAAAUCCCUACCCUUUCAUAAAAAGAUACCCCAUUCGAACGGAGCCUCCCCGUGUAGGCCACUUUAUAGAGUACCUCCCCCCCCCCCCGCCCCCCGAGCCCUUGAAUAGACGUUUUCAAUGAAUGCAAUGUAUCUAAGGCCCGAUCUUUCCAAAUUAAUGUAAACCGCCAAGUUGCGAGACAUUUUUGUUCUUGUCAUUCUUUUCGAAACCAACAAAAACAAAGAGAGAGAGAAAGAAACACUUCACAUUGCUCAUUUUAUUGUAUUAUGUGUUCGAACCGUUACAACAAAUUGUUGAAGAGUGUGAGUCGCGACAUCCUGUCAGAAAAUCAAUGUUGUCCAGUAUAGUCAGAUAAAAAUAAAGGGGUCGGAACACUUUUCGCCGCUUUAGAAACGAGAAAAUAGAUCGAGUUAAUUUUCGCAAAGAUUUCUGGGACGGUUACUAAGGACAGCGGAAAAAAUGGCCAAUCGCUGACCGGCGCUUCCCUAGUAACCAUCCCAGAAACAGUUGCGAGACACAUUUCAGCUCCAGUUUCCUUCUCGUUUCAAAAUGGUUGUGACUUGAAUGGAUACCUUAAAAUCAGGCUGGACACCUUAUGUUUAUUACACAACUCUAUACUCUAUACCACGCUUUAUUCGAAUUUACAAGUGGGGAAAUCAAAGUAAAAGACAGUUGUGCAAGGAAAAGAGUUGAAUACAGGGUUCAGCACCGGAAGUACAGUGAUUGGGGUUAAGCACUGUUUUAAAAGCGGUUAGCUUUUAGUGUGAUAUCAAUGCCAUGUAGAGUAUGUUAAAAUUAACUGGUGUCAGCAGUUAGGCCUUGAUUGUGUAGUGGAUACGGAUGUGGAUUAUACAUCAAAUGACGCGGGUUCAAGUCCUACAUGCUACCUACUGUUUGCUUCUGUUUUCUUUCUUCUCUUAUUUAAUGCUUUAAGUUGUAAGACUCCUAUAAAGUAUUUUGAGUGAAGAUGACAAUCUGACUUUGGGGUAUCCACUCUAGUCAUAACCGUUUCAAAGUUGGCGAAUUAAACGGGCUGUGUCACGGCGGUCCAGUUCAUUUUGUUCAAUUUUGCCAAUUACUCGCCCCCAAUCGCUAUAAAACUUAAAGUAUUAAGCAAAGAAAUUUCAUGUAAAUGACAAAAUCAGAGAUUCGAGACAAACAUGCAAAAAUGUCUCCUGAGCAUUAUUUUUAAAGUUGCAAACAGCAGAGAUAAACUUUGAAAAACUGUUAGGCUGAACAGUUUUCAAAAACCCUAAUUUCAAUCCGUUUCAAUCUUCUUCAGUUUUGCCCAUCCGUGGAAUCUGAUGUAUUAUUUUAACCUUCCUUUAAUGUUUUAAGCGGUUAUUUUUAUGUUUCUCGUAAUUUAAAGGGCAUUUUUUAAUUACCUAAUUUGGCUGAAAUUCGUGACACGGCUCUUUAAAUGAACUGGUGUACUGUUUUAGGGGUGCCAUGUCAGGAAAGGUAAAGGUUAAAAUAAUUGAGCACUAUACGAGAACGUGCCAGUCCGUGGUAAUUGUCUUACAGAUAAUCAAAUCCAUAUUUAUGAGCAUAUUUUUAACAACAAACAAUAACAACAAAUUUUAUUUAAAUGUUAUAACUACGUACAUUACUUUCCCACCCGCAAAUAGCUUAUGAACUAAUGGAGGCGGGGGGAGCUAAGGACAUGUUUACAAAUACAAGGUUUAUUUAUAGAUGGACUAAAUAACAGUAAAGACACUACAAUACAAUAAAUAGAACAAACUUACAUGCUCGACGGUGUGUUGGUCUGCAACUUUUGAAACCUUCGUUACUAUGAUCUAGAAGGGUUGUAUAGUUUGACUCAUUUUGAAGAAAUUAAUAUUGAAGUGCUCGAACAAACGCUACGAUAAAAUCCGAGCAUUCCAGCUGAUAUAGAAUCCAUCAACUUCUACGGUUGGAAGGUUAGUUAGCGGGCUGAAGGCACAUCGCAUUAGGAGGUAUGGUCUUUGGUUCACUGAAUCUUUUAAGUGAACACACCACUUAUUAAUACGCUUGCGAGAUGCAGGAAGCGUACGCCUUGCUCGCCAAAAGUCACCGACAGUUAGACAUCCAUCGGGAAACAGCUGGAAACUGGAAGGUCGUGAGUUCGAUUCCUGCUUGGGGAUUGGAUUUUUGUUUUUCAUUUCAAUACUUUCUUUAGUUUUAUUUCAGGAGGAGCUUGUUUCGUCAGAUAUUUACCAACGGGAUGAAAGUUACCCCCCCCCCCCCGCACCCCACCAUUAAUUUAAUAUGUGCAACCAUCCGUUUCCAGGAACAACCUCACUUAACAUUGUUGUUUAUGCUAAUUUACCUAACUAUUUACAGGAAUUUGUCAUCAUCUUCCCUUUCUGAUCGCCAUGUUGGUUGUAUUCUGCGGUAAAAAACACUGGGUUCCAUUCUUUCCUACACUUCCGGUUUGCUUCGUUUUGAUGUGCGCAUGUGUCGUCGUUAUACCGUCCUUUGUUACCGCUGGCGUCACCUUGUCAGUCAUUACCAUAUAUGGCGUCAUAAGCUUGAAUGGAUUCUGUGCAGGGCUCAGCCAAUCGCUGGUUAGUCGAGUCAUUGUACUGUUUCCUGGGGGAAAGAGCAAUAUGUUGAUACACUAUGGCAAUGGUAAGCAGUAAAAUGAUAUAUUAUUUGGGUUACUAAUGGCCCAAUUAGUAUAGGUAAUAGCAUGAUUUGUAGUGAUAUUUGGAAUAAAUACCACGAGUGAUAUUUUGAGACAAUUUUGAGAUGUCAUGAUUGGUAUUUAUGCCAAAUAUCACGUACAAAUCAUGCUAUUAUUUGUUUACAAUACUACCCGCAAAGGUUUUGUAACUGAGUUUCACAUGUAGGUAUUUCAAAUUAAGUUGAAAUACCACUGCUCUAAGCCAAUCAACUUGCAGAAAUAUCUCAUCUAGUAGUAUAACACGCUUAGAUCUAGCUGAAAAUGCACUGGUUCUUGAAAGUAAAAAUACCAGCCAACAAACAGAGGGUACCGAGGGAGCGGGCGUCGGGGUUUACCUUCUUCUGCUCCCUAAGAAAAGAUUUGGCACUUAUCCAAGAUAGCCGCCCGUAACGCAAAGCGCCAUCCUUACGAAACAAUAGGGGACUGUGAACAGUUUAAUCAGUAGUUUGGUGUAAAUGUUGUGUUGCGAAUUUAUCCUUCAUUUAAAAUUUAUUUUUCUAAGUUUCAAACUCUUUUUCAUACACAACCAAACCCUAAAAAACGGAGCAAAAGAAAAUACUAUUAAAACCAAGGAUAAAGUUGAACGACAACAACGCUGUCAUUACCUGUACCUCGCUAAAACGGAGUAUAGUACAGUCCGCAGUAGCUGUGCCGUGAUUAUCGACAGAUGCACAGUUCAAUGUAACAGGUUAUUGAUGAUAGCUCAGCAUAGCUAGCUGUGUUCAGAUCAGUAUAGGGGUGUAUAACGUAAUACUAGUAAUAACCAAAGGUUACGGAGUGUGGACAACAACGAUCGAAGUUCAAAACUCUUUCGCUCAAUCGCUGUGCUUUGCGUAACGGUUUCACGUGACAGAUACUUAAUACACGCGUGAUCUGAUUACGAGUGAUAGAAGGUGCGAAUUGCGUUCUGUGCAUUCCAUUUAUUCUUAGUGGAAGUCCAAACGAAUGCUGGUUACAUACAUGCGACGCAUGCGUAAUAACAUCCUGGAGAUUAGGAUUGCGGGCUCCUCUUGUCGCGCGCAAUUACUGUGGUGCGAAAGAGUAAAUAGCACAUAAAGUGUAUCAGUUUCUCCAUGGUAGAUUUGAUUCACUCGGAGGCGAGUUCGUCUUUCACUAUUCCCGUCAAGUAGCAGGAUACAUUUUAGCCUGGGAAAACAUCCGACAUUUCGAGAAGCUACCACCGAUUCCCCGCGAUAUGUCUGAUGAACGAUGCGCAAAACUUUCAGGUAAGUGCUUCUGAUUGGUCGCGCCGCGGGAAAAUUUUGAUUCAACCAAUCAGAAGCACUAGUCAGAUCUGGGCAAUGAUACGUCAGCGGUUCUGAGAUUCUCAGACGUCAUCUCGCGCGGAAUCCAGUAUUGGCGACGAAAAAUGUCGGCUGUUUUCUCAGGCAGAAAACUUUUCUAAUUGUUGCGAUUGUCAGAAAGCCGGGUGUUCAUAAUAGCUGCGCACAAGUCACAUAAUGUUACGAAAUCAUUAUGUAACUUCUUUCCUGUUCUCUACUUUCAGGUGUGGGAACUCUGUUUCCUGUUUUACUCCAAAUCAUCCUAAUUUUAUCAACAGGUCUAAACUCAAGCGAAUCACAACUGUCUGACCACAAGACCCUCUGCCUAUACGUGCUGUUCGGUGCAGUGUUUCUAGGGAUCUCUCUUGGACUUUUCUCACUGAUAAGACUUAGUAAAAGUGGAAUAUACGAGUUGUUUGCAGGGAGGGACUGUGUGGCUCACAGCCCGAAGAACAUUACACUACGAUCUGUACCAGAAACGGCAAAGAGGAGAUAUCAUGCCAUAAAAUGGUAUUUGCUCGCCGAGUUCACUCUUUCGCUCGUAAGCUAUUUUGUACUUUCACUCGCUCCGUUUAUCCACGAUGCCACGUAUAAUGGUUCACGUACGAGUACCUCGCCGUUUUGGACCGUUUAUCUUGCUACAGUAUUUGUGGCUAUUUUCAGAUUUGGAGAUUUUAUUGGACGCCUGUUUUCGCGUUUCUGUUGUGAUAAACUGCAACUAGAUGUAAACGUGGCAACGUUCUGUUAUCUAACAGCCUCAAUUCUCCGCCUGGGAUUUGCUUUCGCAGCGGUGUUUUACAUUCGCACACCGUUCUUGGUUUAUUAUAAUUUGUUCAUGGUAGGCUCCUACUUGAUGUUGGCAUUCACGAAUGGAUUUUUCUCCGUUGCCAUAACAUCAAGCUGUCAAUCAUUUAUCAUGGUGCAAAGGAAGGACUCAUGCCCAAUUGUUUCGCAGUUCCUUUGGAUUUCAGGAAUAUUAGGAGCAAAUGUUGGUAUCGCAUUGUCGUUUACUCAAGUCAUUAUUUGACAACCGCCCUUCCUGUUUGGUGACAAACGGAAGACUGGAGACUUCCAUUCUUUAAAAAGCUACUACCUUAUGUGGGUUGAAAUGGCCUGUGUAUGAUCCUGUGCACGUGAUCUCUCUUCCCCAACCCCAUUUUAGGUAACAUUAGAGACCUUAAAGUUCACCGUUUCCGUGUACGGGUACGGGUAAAUUGGCCGUACACGUUGCCGUAAAUACAGGUAGAUUGCCUCUAACUCAGGAGAAACGGGUAGGAUACCGGGUGGCAUGGGUACACCGUCAUGGUCUGGGAAAUG